AUGCACUGGUACGUGAAUCGGGAGGCGCGUGAUCGUUUGCCGCCAACUUCUGCUAACGAAGUUGAGCUGGUUGUACCGAAUUUUAGGGGUAAGAUUAUAGAGCAUGUUUCACGGUUGUUAAAAGAAGGGGACCCCAAUGAAGAGAUACAAAGGCUGAAAAGCUUGAAAAUAUUUUCGGAAUGGAAGGAAAUUCCUAACUUCCGGUUCCGUAUUAUGUUCUUUCCCCUCUCUCAGUAUUCGGUAAGCGAUUCAGGCGUUACGGAAUGCCAAGUAUCCGCGUAUGUUGAGAGCGCUGCGAAGGAGGACUGGCCAGAAAAUUGGGUGUGUUAUAGCACCCGUUUCUGCAUCUUUCUCAUAAAUCACAAGGAUGUGCACUUGUCCCUUUACAAGCACGAUAGCUUCAAUUUCUCGAGUACAGAGAUCGACCGAGGCUGGCAGGCUAUUAUCACCCAUAACCAGCUGCUCGAUGGGGGCUUUCUGAACGAAAAUGGCGACCUGUUGGUGCGCGCCGGGGUGUAUCCUAUUGGCGCUGAGGUCAACCGCGCUGCUCGUGAACAUGGGUACGACUGUAGGAAGGCUACUGGUUUCGUGGGGUUGCAAAAUCACGGUGCGACGUGCUACAUGAAUGCGCUACUGCAGAGUUUGUAUAGCAUCACAAAAUUCCGCAAAGCAGUCUACAGCUUGAACUUCCGGGUUGACGAGAUGAUCGGGCAGCAGUCGUAUGAGAUUAUGAAGCGUCUGCAGCCUCGAAUGCGUGAUUACCACCCUAACGAGGGCCAAUACCACAAUGGGUACAAGAGCACCAAACGCAAGUCCCACGAGAACAGCGAGUUUAAUAGUGAAGAUAACGAGGACUCUCCGGAUGAAAUCAAUGACCCGCUAGUUGACGGUAAUAUGGAUGAGCGCGAUUGCCGUGCCAUUUUAAUGGACGAAGAGGAAGAGCAGAAAAAGGUCCCCAGCGUAGGCUUGGCAUUACAAAAUCUCUUUUACAAACUGCGGUAUGCGCAGCACGCGCCUCCUUGCAAAGAGCUGAUGCGUUCUUUUGGCUGGGACUCUUCGGACAUGUUUACGCAGCAGGAUUCGCACGAGCUUUUGAAGUUGCUGCUCGACAAAAUGGAAGAGCAAAUGAAGGGCACACCUGUUGAGGGUUCUGUUAAGAACAUGUUUGAAGGUGAGAUGGAAACAUACAUUGAGUGCAUCGAUAUCGAUUACAAGUCGUCUCGUAUGGAAACCUUUGAGGAUAUUCAGCUUGACAUUCAGGGAUGUUCGGAUAUAUACGAUUCCUUAAAGAAGUUGACGGAGGCGGAGAUUCUCAGUGGCGAUAAUAUGUACGAGGCUGAAGGACAUGGUAAACAGCGCGCUCGCAAAGGCAUCCGCUUCCUAAAAUUCCCGCCUGUUUGCGUGUUUCUGCUGAAGAGGUUCACCUUCGACCUGCAGCGCAUGGACACUGUGAAGCUUAAUGACCGUUUUGAGUUCUACAAGGAAAUUGAUCUAUCUCCUUUUUGCCCUACCGGCGGUAGGUAUGUACUCCAGGCCGUGUCCGUGCACCACGGGUCGAUUAACAGCGGCCACUAUUACGCUUUUGCGGCUUCCGACAAAGGGCAAUGGUAUCGUUUUGACGACGAGAAUGUGUCCAAGGUUAGUGAGUAUGCGGUGAUUGGCGACAAUUUCGGUGGUGAGGAACCAGACUGUUACAAUUACUGCUCGGCAGUAAACGAGUCAGCGCGCCGUCCCACCCGCCGAACUAAGAACUACAACGCGUACAUCCUCAUAUACGUAUUGAAAAGCGCAACUGGAGACAUCCUAGGUGACUGCGAUCCUGUGAAAGAGGGGUACAGUAUGAUCACUCGUUGUUGUUUGCAGGAUCGUCUAGCUGCCAUGCGCAACCGCGUACGCGAACGUUUGAGUCAGUUCAUCAAGGUUAAAGUUUUUGAGAAAUCGGAUUUUGAGGGCCUAAAAUUUAUGGACCAGCCUUUUAUGGGUUGGUUAGGCGGUAAGGUUAUUACGUUUGAUCGCUCCACCGUACUCUCUGACGCUUUGAAGCGCAUAGGGAACAUGUUUAUUAAGCCAUAUACGGCUCUCUCCUCCGCGCCGGAGAACUUUCAUGUAAUGGGCAUAAAUAGGAGCACACACCGUUUUUGCUGCCUUGCUGAAGUUCGUGGUCAUCAGGAAAUCUCCGACGAUACUUUGCAAUCGAUUGUUUCUCAGAUUCGUCACGAUGUCUUCCAGGUAUACGAUCCCACGUUGUAUAUUCUCUACGUACCCCGGCCUCCGCAUUGUACGUCAAUUCAUUCGUCGAGCUUGUUCUUCAUCAAAUACUUCGACAUAUUCUCGGAAAACCCCGAUGGAGAACGGCUGAUAUGCCUCGAUGUGGUCUACCUCUCACCUGAAGGUACGAUUUUGCAGGUUGCAGGCUCAGCCCUACGCAAGUUGGUGCGCUUUAUGAACGAUGGGCUGGUCACUCCAUACAAUGUGAGCGCUAUUGAACGUUGCGUUUCUCGGAUUGAAUCCGUGCACAUGAGUGAUAAAUCUGUUCGUGAAAUAGACGCCACACUCGACCAAAUAAUGCACGAAGAGUCUAUGCACCUAAAUUGGUACGUUGAGCAGUCAGGCCUGUACGAGGCGGUUGCGCUGAACAAGACACUAAAGGACCAGCAGCUGGGAAAUGGUGACUUGCUGGUUUUCAACUUCCGACCUACCGAAUCUAUGCGCCGUUUAGUGGAGGAAGCGGAUUCCAAAUUCACGCUGAAAGAGGACUUUGAUGAAACCUGCCCCGUUCUGGAGGGGCCCCCUUCCGGUCCUUUGUUUCACAUGUCUUCUGAAUACGUACAAAGUGGUGAAGCUGCUGGCCUCAGCGUGACUCCACACACGCUCGCAUUCAGGGACAUGAGGACUCGUUGGGAAUCAUUUGCUGAAAGUGAGAUUUCGAAGUACCAUAGCGUGAACAUGUUUCCGAUAUACGACUUCCCGAGCUUCAUCGACUGGCGUUUGAACGUCGUGACGAUCACGUUCGAGCUGUACAACCCUUUUGAGCAAUUGGGUACGUGGGUGAAUUGUUGCAGUUCCGUAGUUAAAGCCGGGGGAAGCGCGGAUGACCCAUCGCCAAAGUUUGUCGAAGAGUCUCACAAGGUCACAGGUCCUCUGAAGACUAUGCAGUUCACGCUUGACCUUAGGGUGCCGUGCAAACAUGCACUUCGGUACGUCUGCUGGUCCAUGGGAGUUGAUCCAGCACACGUUUUAUUUUAUGCGCAUCAACCACACAAGGUGGAGUCGAUUUGGAUGCGCCCAGCAUCCAUUGAUGACUUCUGCCAUCGGGAUGGCUCACUCGGAUUCGUCCAGAAGCCCUUGUCUAAUCUGUUCUCGGCCUUGGGGAAGGCGGUGAGACACGAAAAAAGCAGUAGGGAUGCGGUGAUGAGGUCAGGCAGCAUAAAUAGCAAUGCGCAAUGCAGUGACCACAGCGUCGACAGCACGUGCCAAACUGAUGUAAGUGCUUCCAGCGCCACUGGAAACGCAAAUGGCGUCGGCAACGCUCUCGCACUUCCAAAUCGCAGCAUAUCGGGAUGUGAUACGAGCGUUCUCGACUCAGGUCGUGACACCGGCCGUGAAGACAUGAUGGGGGGAGUGCCGUUAGGCAAUUCACUGCAUAAUCGAUUUGAUGGUGGUAGUUCCAAGCCUAAUGUCAUAUACAUGGCGAUGUUCCCCCAGCGUUACAGCGACUGGGUGGUGAAGUGUGAUGGAGUGUCGCUGAACUUCGUAGUCCAAGUCUUCAACCGUCGCGUAGAGUGUACAGGAGUGUGCAUGGGUAAGGCCCCGGCGGGCAUUACUGUUGGGGAGGUAUGCGAGAUGGUUGGUCACAUCGCAAAUUUCGGCCCGGAUGUCAAACUUCGUAUGGUUGAGUGUUUGUCUGAUUCGUUCGUGGUUGUCGAGCCGUCGGGACUUAUGCGGGAUCUUCCACAUUACGUCAACACAAACAUCCGAAACGUCCUUGCCGCACCAAUAAGGGUCGAACCGGAUUGGUCUCACGAGGAACAGGAAAGCCUGAAAAACGGCGAGCGCGUGCUGCUGACGGUUAUGCAUCAGACCCCUGACCACGAGACCUUUGGUCACCCGUUCCAGGUUCUGGUGGACCCACGUUGGACCUUGGGCGAGAUCAAGAGCGCUAUUAAGGAGAAGGUAUGUCUGCCUAAGCGCGAGUGGGAUCGCUGGUCGUUCUUCCAGCAGAUGGAUGGUUACAAUCGCGCGUGGAAGGCGAAUGACGAUUGCCUCGACUGGGACAAGAGCUCAGACAUAAAGUUACUCGCGGAACACCCCAAGCCUUACGAUAAAUCCCGCAGCUUCAGCGCGAUGCGUAUUGCAUGA